AGGUGAAUUUUUUAGUGCUAUAUGGUAAUUUUCUAGGUGGGUUUUGUUGGUAAAGAAAGAUUGACUACUGGUUGGGUGGAGGGGGAGAUGAGAGGGUCGUGAUGGUAUGUUGGGUUUGAGUGUUUAGGGGUUAUUGAGUAACAGAGGGGGAUGGGAUUGGGCAGUGAGAAUGGUAAAGUGAAGACUUGGGAAGUGGGAGAAUCAAAGGGGGUCUGAUCGUAACACCACACAUACUGUUGGGUAGAGCUCAUGUCAAUCUACUCAAAUCUAUUAGAAUUAGCCUCAUUGAAGCCUCCAAGCGCCUUCAAAAGAUUUCGACAAAUGACAAUGACCUCAUGUGCCUCAUCCUGUCCUACCACACUGCAUGUCACAAGUCCCACAUCAGUAACCUUCUAGGGUAUUUAGUAAAAAUAAAAUAAAAUAAAACCAACCUUCUAAAGGUCGGGUUAACUUGGAUGUCUAACUCGAUCCGAUCCGAAACUAAACUAGUUUGCUGACCUGACUACUAAACCAAUCUGGAUAUGACUGAAUCAACAACGUCAGAUUGGCCCAUAGACUUUUUUUAGAUUUAGAUUGUUGACUUAAGUCGAUCUAAACCAGACCAUUGGCCUUAUCUUAACUUUGACUAGAGUUGAAUUUUCAAAUCGAGUGUGCCCCACCCUUUUUUCUUAUAGAUUCUGACUUUGGGUUCAUUUUCUGAUUUGAGGCUUCCAAAACACAAAAUUAACCCCUCUCCUUGGGUUCAACAUCAGUUACAUUCAUUAACUCUUUUUUGUGCCUCAUCACAACGUUGUUCUUUGCAGAUGGUCCUCAGGCCCUUGGUGUAGCCACCUCAAGUAGCAGACCCUCCUUGAUCACUAAUGCAACCUUCUUAGGCUUUUAUUGUCUUUCGGCUUCAUCUGGCAUUGUUGUUUGUGUUCAUAAUUAGGAAUUUCACAUUCAUUCUACAUGGUCAUCUUUAAGGAAUCUUUAUCUUCAAGAGUUAUAUUCCAAACUCAAGUUGUCUUCAUCAAGCUUCCACCUUGAGUUUGAGAAGGAUGUUAGAGAUAAAAGGAACAAAGAAGUGGAUUCCUAUUGCCAUUUCUCUACUUGUAAUAUUCUUAUGCAUAUUGUGUUAUCUACUGUGGAGGAAAGUUGCACUUGAAUGGAAGAAUGAAACAAAAAAAGAAAUUGAAUUACUUGAUUUAGUGACAUCAGAGAGAUCUACCGUCAUUGGCAUUCCAAAUGAUAGGAAACAAAGGCAUGAUUUAAGUGUUUUAAGUUAUGCAUGCAUCUCGACCGCCACAAAUAACUUCUCAGCAGAAAACAAGCUUGGAGAAGGCGGCUUUGGAUCUGUUUAUAUGUGGUUACAUGUCUCCUGAGUAUGCUAUGAAGGGUGUAUUUUCAAUAAAAUCUGAUGUCUACAGCUUUGGGGUCUUAAUGCUUGAGAUCGUUAGUGGUAGAAGAAACAACAGCUUCGAACAUGUUGAUGAUGCUCUCAAUCUAGUAGGAUACGCUUGGGAUUUGUGGCAAAAAGGUGAAGGGAUAGAACUAGUUGAUCCGGCAAUAAGUGAUUCAUGUGUCAAAUAUCAAUUGCUGAGAUGCAUUCAUGUCAGUCUAUUAUGCGUAGAGGAUGGUGCAAUUGAUCGACCUACUAUGUCAGAUGUGCUAUUUUUGUUGACAAAUGAAAGUAUGCCGUUGCCUUUACCGAAAAAACCAGCAUUUUCUAUUGGAAGGAAAGCAAUUGAGGCUAAUAUUUCUGAUAAAGAAUCAAAUAACCAUUCACUAAAUGGCUUGUCCAUUUCCGAAAUGGAUGCACGAUAGAUGGAAGGUGAGAAUAAUAUCAUCAGAUUUCCUUUUCUUUAACAAUAAAAACACCUUGUGUAUAGCAAUGAGGUAGUUCAUAUCAGGGCACUAAGUAGAGAAUUAUUACUUCAUAUUUUCUAAGUAAUUAGUUCAAACAUCUUGUUGGUUGAAGUUUAUCUUUGAUAAUUCAAUACUUACAACAGUGGGAAGAGGAUUCAAACUCCGGUUCUCCUAAUAAAGAUUAGUAGGUUAUGUCAUUGAGCUACAAUGCUCUUGAAACUUCAAGUUUAA